AUGCCUCAUUCUGAUCGAGCACAGUCUCCUCCUCAGGGAGCCUUCCCAGGCCUUCCACCCUUUCCAGAUGAUGUGCCUACCGCACCCUUGCUCCGUAUAUCUCUUGAUAAACUCUUAGAUCAUGACCCAGAAGAGGAGGAACGGUGCUGGCAAGCUUGUUGCGACUUGGGAUUCUUCUAUCUCGACCUUCGAGCUUCCAAUGGCGCUGAUAGCGUUGGUGAUAUUACAGAGAACAAGUCUAGUGAAGAUGGGAACCACCCAGGUGAAGCACUACUUCGAGAUGCGGACCAAUUGUUCCAAGUCAUGAAUGGUUUCUUCGAUCUCGAUGUAAAAGAGAAAGUGAAAUACGACUUUGCCGAUCAGGGGAGUUACUUUGGAUACAAAGGCUACGGCGAAGGCAUCGUAGACAAAGAAGGUACCCGUGACCGUAAUGAGUUCUACAACAUCUCCAAAGACGACAUCCUAAACCUCACACCCGCUCUCCCCUCCCCCGAAGUCCUAACCACCCACCGCCCCCUCUACGCCUCCUACAUCAACCUUUCCCACACCCUCUGCACCACCCUCCUCACCCUCCUCACCCCCCGCCUCCCCCUAACCCCAACCGCCAAACAAUCCGGCGGCCUCCCUCCCCUGCACGCCCUCUCCUCCCCCUCCGGCGACCAAAUCCGCUUCGUACGCGCACCCCCUCAACCCCCUCCCACCACCACCACCACCUCGCAAUCCUCCCCCAUAGCCCUAGGCGAACACACAGACUUCGGCAGCAUAACCAUCCUCUUCAACCGCCUCGGCGGGCUACAAGUCCGCCUCCCGCCCUCCAUCUCCCCGGUACCCCCCAGCACCCCCAGCACCUCUCCCUCGCCAUUAUGCCAGGACGGCUGGACAUACGUCCGCCCGCUCCCAGGCCACUGCAUCGUCAACCUCGGGGACGCGCUCUCCAUUCUCUCGUCUGGUAUCCUGCGAUCUAAUAUCCAUCGUGUCGUUGCGCCUCCGGGGCGCCAGGGCGAAGUGACGAGGUGGAGUCUGGUGUAUUUUUGUCGGCCGGGGGAUGGGGUGAGGAUGAGGGGGAUUGUUGAAGGGGAGGAGGAUGGUGGGGAGGGGGAGGUAGAGACGGCGAAGGAGUGGAUUAUUAGGAGGGCGUUGGGGAGGAGGAGGGUUGGGGGGUGGGAGGAUAGUGGGGGGACUGAGGGGAGGAGUAUGAGGGAGAAGGGGGGGAGGUAG